UCUGUUGCAUCGUUUCGAUGUAUCCUCGCCUUUCGUCAAGCGAUAGUGUUGUGUGGUUCACGAGACCAUUAGUUGAGAAAGGGAGAGUUAGAGAGAGUGUGUGUGUGAGAAAGCAGUUCCUUCAAGAGAUUGAUUGAAGGCCGAGAUCAGAUUUGCCGUUACAGUACAGCACAUAUAGCUUGAUAGUCCUGAGUGAGGAUCGAGACACAAUCCGACACGAUGCCCGUCUACGGCAGCAUCCCCAAGGUGUCGCCGGAAGACGCCAACACCAACCAUGUCGCUGACAAUGCCUUGAAUCAUGUCGCCAAGACGGAAGAAGAGACUCCUCUGCUUCCUCCUGCCUCAUCUGCUGCAAUGUCUGGCAAUUGUUGUUCGGGUGAUAGUGAAAAGUCGCUACUGAGUAACUUGUGGACCAACUUGGUCUUCAACUGGUUCACACCGGUGCUGUAUCGAGGCAACGACAAGAAGAAGCUGGAUCCGGAAGAUAUGGAUUUGGUACCGUUUCCGCAUGACUGCGACACCCACUGUGUCGCCGAGAUCUUUUAUGAACAUUGGCGGGCUGAAAUUGCAAGAGCCAAAAAGGAAGAAGAGGCUGCCAACUCUACUACUACCGGUACUAGUAGUGAACAGCAACAGCAACAACAAUCCAAGGACGACAAGAAAAAGAAAAAGCCCCCCACACCGCCUUCCUUGGUCAUUGCAUUGGCCAAAUCCUUUGGAAGGGAAUUCAUGUUGGCUGGAUUGCUCAAACUCGUGCACGAUGCCUGUAUUUUUGUAGGACCUCAAGUAUUGAAUGCCAUGAUUUACUAUUUGCGCAAUGCCAAGGCACCAAUGUCGGAAGGAUUGGGAUUGACCGCCUUGGUGACUGUCUCCCAAUUGGCCAUGAGUUUUUGUUUGCGACAUUACUUUUUCUCCUGUUACAUGGUCGGGCUCAAACUACGAACGGCCGUCGUCGUGGCCGUCUACGAAAAGGCACUGGUGCUGGCUGCGGGAGAACGACAAACUAGGACCGUGGGAGAAAUUACCAAUCUCAUGUCCAUUGAUGCCAAGCGAUUGCAAGAUUUGACCAGCUACCUACAUGCCAUUUGGUAUACUGUAUUUCAGAUCACACUGGCAUUGUUCUUUUUGUUUCAACAACUAGGAGCCAGUUGUUUGGGUGGGGUGGUCGUUAUGAUUAUCAUGAUGCCCGUCACCAAAACGGUCGCGCAAUGGAUGGGACGACGACAGAAACGGGUCAUGAAAGCCAAAGAUGAACGCGUCGAAAUCAAUUCCGAAGUCAUGUCCAACAUUAAAGUCAUCAAACUGCAAGCAUGGGAAGAAUCCUUUCAAAACAAAAUUCUACGGUUUCGAGCCACCGAAAUGUCGGAAUUGUGGACGUACUAUGUGGGAAGUGCCGCGUCGGCCAUGUUGUGGAAUUCCACACCCGUGGCCGUGGCGGUCGCGACAUUUGCUGCCUAUGUCUUGUCGGGGAAUGAAUUGGAAGUCGCGUCCGCGUUGACGGCAUUGGCGUUGUUUGACAUUUUGCGAUUUCCACUCUUUAUGCUGCCUCAGAUUGUCAAUCGAAUUGUGGAGGCAGGUGUCUCCAUGGCACGUAUCCGGUCUUUUUUGCUUUGCAAAGAGCACGAACCGAUUCCUCCGGGAUUGCUCCAACAAAACGGAGUGGAUUUAUCGUAUCUCUCUGCUGCGUAUGAAACCCGAAAGCCGAGACUUCAGGGGGUUGACCCGGAUCCCAAAACCAAGGAACUUCUGGAAGCUCAGUGGGACGUUGCGUUGCUCAAGUCCCAGCUGGAAGACGCCGAACAAAAGAUUAGAGAUCUCGUAAAGUCCGCAGAAAGACAAAAGCGACAAUCGACAGGACAUGAAUCAUUGAGUAAGCCAGAAGAUUGGGAAGAUUUGCACGGUGGUGGUGGUGUUGAAACUAUGGAACCAGUUGCAGAAGACACCGCGGCUUCUGACAUUGGUACGGCAGAAGAUGGCAAGGACCCCGAGAGGGGCGUGUCAUCCUCCGCUAAUCUGCUUUGUCUCAGAAGAGUCAAUUUCCAAUGCAACGAAGGAGAGCUCAUUGCGGUGGUGGGAUUUGUUGGAAGUGGCAAAAGCACACUGAUCAAUACUAUUUUGGGUGAAGUCAGGGUGUUAGCAGGAACUAGCGCCGUGCGAGGGAGUCUUUCGUAUUUUUCGCAGUCACCAUUCAUUUUGAACGCAACGAUCCGAGACAAUAUCUUGUUUGGGCAUGUGAACGACGACAACAUUGACGAAGAGCGUUAUCAGCGGGCCCUCGAGUGUUGCGCUCUUGCCCAUGACCUCAAAAUGUUGUCUCACGGAGAUAUGACUGAGAUUGGGGAGCGUGGUGUGACCCUAAGUGGUGGCCAAAAGGCUCGAGUAGCCCUUGCUCGAGCUGUGUACCACAAUGCAGAUGUUUCGCUCAUUGACGAUGCUCUGUCUGCUGUGGAUGCGCAUGUAGCAAAGCACCUCUUUCACGAGUGUAUUGCUGGUGAAUUGCUGAAUAGUAAAGCUGACAGUGGCAAGAAGAGGAGUGUGAUUCUUGUGACGAACGCGCUUCAAUACCUUAGCCACCCACGUGUUAACAAGAUUGUUGUUAUCAAUGAUGGUCGGAUAGCUGAGCAAGGGACUCACAAGGAGCUAGCCAGCGCCCCAGACUCGCUGUUUGCGCGAUUCCUAGCUGUGAUUGAAGAAACUGGAAUCAAAGGGGGGGACGACGCUGAAGAAGAUUCAGUAGAAGACGAGGAAGAAGCAGAAGAGGUGGACAAGUCUGAACGCAGAUCUUCAAUUUCGAAGAAGAGGCGGGCUUCGAUCACAGAUUCAACUCGCGCAGACAAAGAGAAAAAGACGCAGCUGAUGACAGAGGAAGCUCGGUCAACUGGUCAUGUCGGAUUGCCUGUGUACUUAGCCUGGGCCAAAGCGGCUGGAGGGUACUGGGUUCCCUUUGCAAUUGUCCUGAUCUUUGGUUCCGUUGAAGGCAUGAAUGUUCUUUCGAAAUGGUGGCUUACGUAUUGGUCUUCGCAUGCGUCCGGAGGAAGUCAAAUGGGCUUUCUCGAGAUCUACGCUUUGAUCAACUUGGGGUUUGUCAUCUCAACAUUCUUUGCCAUGGUACUUCUCGUCACCAUCGGGAUGAGAGCAUCUCAGAAUUUCUUCGCUCACAUGCUUGACACAAUGAUGCGAGUGCCGAUGAGCUUCUUCGACACCACGCCCAUUGGGCGCAUCAUAAACCGGUUUAGCAAAGACAUGUACACCAUCGAUGAAGAACUUGUGAUGACGCUUCGCAUGUACAUUCGCAACAUCACACAAAUCCUGAGCACGAUCAUGGUUAUAUCAGGAGUUAGUCCUGUCUUCACCGCAAGCCUGAUUCCCAUCAUCCUUUUCUACAUCAGGCAGCAGGCGUUUUUUACAAUCACAUACCGCGAACUGAAACGGUUGGAUUCUGUUUAUCGAAGCCCUCUCUAUGCCCUCCUGGGGGAGACUGUUGAUGGCGUAGCAUCGAUCCGCGCAUUCUCUGCGCAGAACGCGCUUAUGACGCGCUUGAAGAAUUCCCUCGACAAGCAACAGCACGCUUACUAUCUUACAUGUUCUGCCCAGUGCUGGUUGGCUGUGAGGCUUGAACUCGUCGGGACAUUGAUCAUUACUUUUGCAUGUCUUUGUGCUGUCGCAGAGCAUGCUUCUGUCAACGGCAACGAGACACAGGCUGGGUUGUUUGGGUUGGCAAUAUCGUUCAGUUUGAGCAUUACACAAAGUCUAAACUGGAGUGUGCGCAUGGCCAGUGAUUUUGAAGCUCAAAUGGUCGCAGUGGAGCGCGUAAAGGAUUACUGCGACCUUACCGAAGAGGCCGAUCGAAAGUGCGACGAUGACGAUAGACUCAUGUCUAAGAGUGGUACCGACAGUUGGCCUCGAGGCGAGAUCAUCUUUGACAACGCAAAACUCCGAUAUCGAUCAGAGCUGCCUUUGGUGCUCAAAGGUUUGGAUAUCCAUAUACCUGCAGGAAGCAAGGUCGGAAUUGUGGGCCGCACCGGUGCAGGCAAAAGCACGCUUAUGAUUGCUCUAUUGCGCUUGGUGGAACUGGAUUCUGGCAGAAUCCUGAUGGAUGGAGUGGACGCUUCCACGGUAGGAUUGGCGCUUCUACGGUCCAAGAUUGCAGUUAUCCCACAAGAUCCAGUCCUUUUCUCGGGAACAAUCCGCUCCAAUCUAGAUCCCUUUCAGGAGUUUUCGGAUGAAACGUUGUAUGGAGUAUUACACAGAGUCGGGUUGUUCUUCACUUCUUCCACUGAAAAUGGCCGCAGCCUUUCGAGCGCGAGUUUGGCAUCCCUUGUAUCUCAGUGCGCGGUACAGUCCCUGGAAGAUACUGUUAGCGAAGGGGGGAUCAAUUACAGUGUUGGACAAAGGCAGCUUGUCGUUAUUGCACGGGCGUUGUUAUGUCGAGCGACAAUUGUCAUUAUGGAUGAGGCCACAGCAGCCGUGGACGCUGACACCGACGCACGCAUCCAGACUGUUAUGAGGACCGAGUUCGUCAAUGCUACUUGCCUAACAGUCGCACACAGAUUGAACACUAUCAUGGACAGCGAUCUGAUUCUUGUAAUGGAUGAUGGCCGAGCAGCCGAGUUCGAUAAACCCAAGGCUCUGCUAGGCCGGGGUGGCAUGUUCCGAGACCUGGUUCAAGCGAGCAAGAAUACGGGGAUGUAAUUCAUGUUUGAUCAAUUAAUUGUUGUGUGCAGAUCGAGCUCUGAUACAUCACUAGCUAGGCAUAUGUGGAUGUUUUUGUUCAUAACAACUACUAGAUAGUGAGGUGCAUCUUUAGAAAUAUAGGAAGCCGUCAUGGAUACCAACCCUCCAGGCCUGCAUGUGGAAAUGGAGAUCAUCGUCGGAGCUUCCAGCGUUUGCGACGUACGUGGUGUUGGG